AUGGAAAUGAAACCGAAUGCUAGAUUGUUCUUCGACCGCGGGCUGAAUGUGGUCAAUCGCACAGAGGCGCUACGCCGCAAGCGUACUGUCGCAAAUGGAGAAGUAACAACAACGUUCACGGCGCCCCCACCUAAACUGGUGCCCCGCGACCCCCCCCCCCCCCCCCUGCCACCCGUGCACUGUCCACUUGCACCCCUCACCGCUGGGCGAUACAUGCAGAUUAAAUUCUAUCGCCCGAACGGGGCUAGUGGCACGGACACGACUAUCGUUUGGAUCGAGUGGAAAUUAAAAAAUAAAUCCGCCAUCGAAUCGAAGACCGCGCUCGGAACGGACGGCAAGCGUGCAGCGGACGGAGGGCCAAGCUGGGGAGUUGCACCAAUUACAGGGCCAUCAAAAAUAAUGGUGUCCACCCUCUUCAAACGGUUCCCGAAAAAUUUGACGCUUUCGGGAGCCACUUGUGUUAGAGCUGUGGACCGAAUUAAAAAAAAGAAAAAACAAAGGACGACGGGGCUCGUAAGAGGGCCGAAUCUUUUUGCGGGCGGCGCGGCGCGGCCGAUCGGAGCGGGCCGUAAUAAAAUAAAGUUGCAUAGGCUAGGCGGAGCGGCGGCGGGCCUAAUGCAUGCGCCGCUGACGGCGAGGACACGGAGGGCUUUCAACAAUUUCCGAACGGACGGCGCACGGCGCGAAAUUGAAUCGUGUCUGCGGAGCAGUGCGGGCCGCGGAGAGAGCGGUGCGACGCUCUCUAGUAGCGCACGCCACUUUCGCAGACUCCAAUUUGGUCACGAUACGAACGACGCCGCCAGCCCGCACCCGACUCAUCUCGUUACGGCGGAUCCAUCGACGCAACACGAAACGCGGCAUGGGGGUGGACGUGGGGGCGGAGGCGUGGGCGAAUCUAAAUUCAUGGACACUAGCAUGAUUAGGGCCGCGCUGCUUUACGCGGAGUUUCGUCAGAUGAAACGCACCAUUCGGCCGGUUGUUUAUCGCAACAUUAACCGCCUGGCACGGACCACGGUGCCUGGCUGCGCCGCGGACGCAAAACCGGCGGUUUACGCGCCUUUUAUGAAAAUACGAGCGUCAAACACAAGCGCCUGCAUACACACCACUCCACUCCCCCCAGUACGUUCGACGAAUAGAGCACGCAGCCGUGAAACAAGAAAACAAUACGACAGAGUCGAAGCCGAGGCCGUGAUGCGCGAUAACAGCGUGCCCUGGCGAGUUCAGAGGUGCAAAAUCAAAUAUGAACGGAAGACCGCGGCUCGGCCGCCGGCACCGGCUAGGGGCGCUAAAAACACGCGCCCUCCGUGCGGUGCCGCGCCGAUAAAGUCCAUCAAAAAAUGCCAACCAGUGCCGUUCGGAACAUUGUCUCUAUGCACACGUGCCGCGCCCGCGGAGGGCCGUGUUAACAAUUCAACCGGUCGCGGUAUAAAGUUCGCGCGUCGAAAGUUGUGCCGCGCGCCCCGGACAGGGCGGCCCUCUAACAGGUUGCCCGGUCCGCCACUAUUUUUACGAGUCCCGCACGCGCCCAGUGUUGUGACCGGGCACACCUGUUGGCGCGCGGCGCUGUUUAUCGCCCGAUUAUUUUCACGUGCCGUUGCCGCCGGCCGUCUGUGGCGU